UGACUCUACCCACACCCUUUGUCAUCGUAAAGCGUCCUGGACUCUCUGCCUCUAUACUUCCGAACGAGACACACGACACUCUCAGACCUGAGUAUUCAGGUUCAAGUUCUUCUGUAGUCCACUAUUCCAUCCAAAUCACCAUGUCGGCUGGAAGUGGAAGCCACUCUCAAGGCGCCAGCCCCUAUUCUCGCAUCGUAGAGGCCAACCUACCUGCUCGUCCUGGCAGGAUUCUUGCAGGGGCGGCUGGAAUCUGCGGCAGUCUUUUCCUCGCGACGUGGGCCUACAUGAACUGGUCCGAGAAACGCAAGCUUGAACGGUAUCCCACGCACCCCGGGGCUAUCCCGGCCUGGCGAGAUCGAUACGCUCAAGUGGCUGCUCCGAACCGCUAUCAAGGUGCACAGUCCUUCCUUCGUAACGAUUCCGAGAAAAAGGCUGAUGGACCGGUACCCUUGGCUGAGAACAGCCCAAAGAUGAAGGGGCAGAACGCUGCGGAGGCGUAGUCGAAAGACGCGAACUGAUGAAGUAGCCAUCUGAAUUUCUUCUUGGGCGAUGUGUGUACGAUAAACGACUUGAUGGGUCGUGGCUCACGAUUCGUGUUGUCUAAUGUCUUGAAGAAGCAGCUGCUCAUUUUAUUUGUAUAUCACGUUCACUGCAUUUUAUUACUUCUGCCUUCCUCUUCCCUUUUCUCCGAUCCGAGAUAUCUCGUAAUUGCCACAGAAACUCAGCCUCGGGCCACAUAAAUACUCGAACUGUCAUGCGUGUAUCGCGCGUAUGUUUUCGAUAUCUUCCAAGAGGGCUGCAGAAUGGCGCGGACGAUCCACGACAUUCAAUGCGCCACACUGCAUCUAAGAUCGCCACAACCUCAC